UUAAAUACUACUCGACAAGACUCAUGUCUGCUAGUUAGGGUGGGGUUCAACUUCUCAUGGGGAUGUUUGGUCGUGGCUUAAUAAAUGAUAAAUCCACGAAAUACUCAUACAUUGUCAACAUUGGUAUAAAAAUAAUACAAUUUACAAAAUUUGAAAUUUAUGACUGAAAAUAUACACCCAUAGUGCUGAGAUAAACAUUUCUUUAUCGCCAGCGUCGCGUCAUAGCUUGGAGGGCGUGGCGGAUACCAGCGAAAAAAUUUAGCUAAAAUGGCGGAGCUACGGGAAAGGCAGACAGCAUCUGCCAAGUCUGCUGCUGAACCGGAAAAUUCUAACUCCACCGCAAAAGUGAAUGGUCAUGAAGAGGAAAAAGAAGAAAAGAAAAAGACCAACAAGCCUGCAAACACUGCCUUCAAGCAGCAGAGGCUACCAGCGUGGCAGCCCAUCCUAACAGCUGGCACGGUUUUACCGGCUUUUUUCAUCAUUGGCAUCAUAUUUGUGCCGCUUGGUGCUCUGUUCCUCGUUACUUCAAACAAUGUGCAAGAAAAGGAAGUAGAUUACACCUCCUGCACCUUUGAGAACACCACUACUAAUGAGACAACAACCUGCAAAGAUUUGUUUGAUAGUCAGCCCAACAUGGGCAUCACCUGCAGGUGCGCUGUGAGGUUUGAACUGGACACUGCGAUGGAGGGCGAGGUCUACAUGCUGUACAAGCUGACCAAUUACUACCAGAACCACCGCCGGUACGUGAACUCUCGGGACGAUCUACAGCUACUUGGGGUGGAAGCUUCUCAGACUGACGUCAGCACCGACUGCAAACCGUAUGAAAGAAGAGACGUAGAGAAUGCCAACAACGGCACGGAUCCCAUACCUGUCGCACCUUGUGGUGCCAUUGCAAACAGUCUCUUUAACGAUACAUUUAAUAUCACAUAUCUGGAUGACGGUAACAUGUUUGAACCUGUGCUGCUUAAUGGGAGUGGUAUAGCCUGGGAUAGUGAUAGGACGACCAAGUUCAGCAACCCACCAUCAUUUGAUGGGACAACCCAUCCUCCUAACUGGCAGACAAGCAUCCAGAAUGUCUCAGGUGGCUACCAGAAUGAAGACUUCAUUGUCUGGAUGCGCACUGCCGCUCUGCCGACAUUCCGCAAACUCCACCGUAAAGUUGUGAUCCAGCAAGGCACUGUGUUUGAUAAGGGUCUACCAAAAGGAAACUACACCCUGAGCAUUGAUUAUUCCUACCCGGUUCACAUGUUUGAUGGUACCAAGAGUAUUGUUCUAACCACCACCUCUUGGCUCGGGGGCAAGAACAGUUUCCUGGGUAUUGCUUACAUUGUCACCGGCUCCCUAUGCAUCCUGUUCGGGGCCUUCUUUCUGCUCAUACACAUCAAGCACGGCCACAGUACAAUUGCGUGUAUUGACACAUUUAGGGGGCCAACUUCAAUGACUAGAGUCUCUGAGUUUGAGGAUAUCUAGUUGGUCUGUCAAAGCAAAAUUGUCAUGGACUUUCCUAUGAGAGGGAAUAGCUUGGAAGCAAGCUCUAGCAGUGAUUUGGGGUAAUACUGGAGCGUGUCAACGUUUUAACAAUAGGAUGCUGGAAGUCAUCACAGGUGGGAUGCUGUCAAAGGAAGGUGACAUGCCAGUAUGCAUUCAGUCCACAAAAUCGUACGAAACGCGUACACCGUUCUUGCUGUUUGUGAGGCAGUAACUAAACAUGACAUGAUUCAAAAUAUACCCCUGAAAAUAAUCAUGAGAAUUCAUGAGAAAUCAAAAUAGGUGUGAUAAGCUAUUAUUGGGAUCAUGGCAAAAUUUUAAAUGAAAAAUAGCGUUUUAGAAAUUUUCAGAAGCAGAAUGAAAGUCUCAAUUUUUUGUUAAACUUAACUCUUUUUUCAGUAAUGUUUUUUCAAAGCAGUGUUUGGAAAGUCAUGUACAGUUGCACAAAUCAAAUAUUGGGAAAUCAGCUUAAUUUGUAGAUAAUUGUUUCUGUUAAUGCUUCUUUUCACUUUAAAACGUUCAAACUUUGCUGGAAAUCUUUUCCCACAUGAGCGCCAAAAGAGGGUCUUUAAUAAUUAUUGGUUGAUUUCCCUCACCCCACCAUAUUUCUACCCAUGUUCAUUGGAUUAUUUAAAUGUGGCACAUGUAUAACAGUAGCUUUAGGGAAGACGAUUGUUGCUGUCACCAGUACACACUGCAGUCAUUGGCAGAGUCAAAGUAAUCUUAUUGGUGUGCUCUAGGAAAAUUUAUUCACUCGAGAUAACUUUCAACUGUUAAAUUGGUAUUACAAGAGCACAAAAAGACCAUUGAAAAACAGAGGUUGUGGUAAGCAUAAGAAGAGUGGCAAAAUAUUGUUGCAAUGGACUUACAGAGAAUUAGAUGUCAUUGGUAACACGUAAAGCAACAAUUCUGUUCAAACACAUCACUGAAUCCGUGUUGAGUGGAAUCUACAUGUACAGUUUUAUGUCAUAUUCUAUUGCUCAUCUGUCAUUGUCGCAAUUGGUGUUUCAUUUAAAACAAAAUAGUUUUUUAAAGAAAUGUUUUCCGUGGUUAUACUCCAGAGAGAUGUUUCUUGGUGUAUUUGUGCUCGGAACAUUUGCAGACUUUGCAAAGUUACAUGUUGGUCAAUAAUACCAAGAGUUUGCAACACGUUGGCCAAUCACAAUGCGCAAAAUCUGUCGACCCUUUCCAAAUGCGCAUUUGGUCGACAGAUUUUGCGCAUUGUGAUUGGCAAACACAUUGCAGACUCUUGGUGGUGCACUAUUGUGAAAUGGCCAUAUUGGACUGCCCUUUGAGUCUAAGAGUUCUGUUUUCAGCGCUAAGCUGGAAGGAAGAAAAAUUGGAAUCCAAAGUUUUGUCCGUUCUUGUAACUGUGUUAACGUCAUGCCACAUUGCAGUCUCUCUCCCCUUUUUGAACAAAAUUUUGAACAGAAUAAAUACAUGGUGUCUUUCUUUUUACUGUAUAUUUGGUUCGAUUGGCAGUACAUGUAUCAAGUCAAAAGUGUGUCACUUUCCAUCAAGAAUGUCUUCUUGAUGAUACUGUGAUGCAUAUUGUGAAUUUAAAAAAAAUUACCUUCAUGAAAAGGGAUAUUUUACACUAUAAAUUUAGGGAAAAAACGUAGUUCAGUGUUUAUUGGAUGACAUAGUGUUAUGUUGUAAUUAAUUUCUGUCAUUGAAAUAGGUUGCCGUUGUAUAAAAUUAUUUUGUUCCAAGGGUAUGAAUGUUUAUUGAUUGUGUAAAUAUCAAAUGCGUAAUAGUCUCAAUUAUUGAUAACUUGAAAACAAAAGGUAGAUUAGGGAAGCGUUAAAGACAAAAUGGUUAACAUGUUCUCGCACAAAGGUGAUUUAAUCAUGCAAGGAUGUAUUUCUUGAUCAAUAAAAACUACAUUUUAUGUAUUCAGGUUGGUUUUUGGUAAUGAAAUAGAUAAACAUCCACUUUCCUAUUUCGAAGUGACAUUGUCGUGGGGUGCGCGGAAUGUUGUUACUCGCUAUUCUCUUCAUUUUGACCUUCGCUCUCUUGGCUCAGGACGAAACGGGGUUUGUUUUCACGGGCAAAAUCUCCUGCUGCCUUGGGAAAAAAAAGAAUCGCCUCGAUAAAAGCCGGUUCUGUGGGCAAAUGUUUAUAUCACAGUCAUUGCAAACAAAGGAGAAGCAGUUGUCUAGUGCUAACUUCUCGUAUGAUUUGAAAUCCUUUUUUUGUUGCAGUGCAAAUGGAUAUCUGUUUUGUAUAAUUUAUGGCAUCAGUAAAAUUAAAGUACCUGCUGCUCCG